AUGCCAAAGUCCAAACGCGCCAAAAUCAUCCACACCUCCAACGUCCAAAAGAAGCCCUCAAAAGAAGUCCGCGAAGCACUCUACACCGCCGUACAAUCUGCCUGCGACACAUACGCCCACAUCUUUGUCUUCGACGUCUCCAACAUGCGAAACACAUACAUAAAGAACGUACGCCAAGAGUUCUCGUCCGACGGCAGAAUCUUCUACGGGAAAACAAAAGUCAUGGCAAAAGCUCUCGGUUCGGGUCCUGAAGAUGAAUGUGCGCCUGGUCUUGCCAAAUUGGCGAAAUAUUUGCAGGGAAAUGUUGGGCUGCUAUGCACGAAUAGAGCACCGAGCGAGGUAUUGGAGUAUCUUGAGAAUUAUGUGGAGGUGGAUUUUGCUAGGGCUGGGGUUGUUGCGAACCGAGGGUUUGUGGUGCCGAAAGGUGUGGUGUAUUCGAGGGGUGGAGAGGUUGCGGAAGAAGAUGAUGUGGCGCUGCCGCAUAGUUUGGAGGUUAUGGUGAGGAAAUGGGGAAUGCCGACGAGACUUGAGAAGGGGAAGGUUGUACUGGAUCAGGAAUUUGUGGUUUGUGAGGAGGGACAGGAGUUGAAUUCGCAUCAGACUGCAUUACUGAAGCUUUUCGGUGUUGCGAUUGCGGAAUUCAAGGUUCAUGUUAAGGCAUACUGGAGUGCGGCGACGCAGGAUGUUACGGCGGUGGAGAAGAAUGAGAUGGAGGAGUGA